AUGGCCCUCUCUUCCAGCACGAGCUCUCAAUCCCAGCCUCGAAUUUUUGUAGACGACGUGUGGCAUCUCAUAACCGAGAAUUUUUCCCAGCCAUCCCUAUCCAGCUCUCCUGAAGGCAGCCCAGACGAGGCGGCUGAAUAUUGGAAACCCAAGAGCCUGGCUGCGCUGACGCCGCACCUCAGCGACCUGAUAUCUCUGAGCAGUACUUGCACUUAUUUCCGGGACCUUCUGGGCCCGCGCAUAUUCAAGUCGAUCUAUCUGCAAAACACUGCGAAAAGCGCUCGAUCUGUCCAAGCAGUUGCAACAGGGAAGUUCUCUGGAUAUGUCAGAGAGUUGCGGUAUGCUGCUGCCUACAACAUUGACUCCUCGCUGGAGGAACUGUACCCGCCUGGACUGGACAAUGUCCUCUCAAGUCUGUCCUGCUUCAGGGGUCUCCAGCUCCUCAGCCUCGACUUCCCAUUCGAUCACUCUAAUAUCCAACUCCUCCGCUGCGUCCAUAACCAGGACAACGGGCCCGACGCCAGCACAGUCCAGAAACGAGAAGACACCUGGCGCGGAUUAGUAUCAGCGGGUUUCGGUGCCAUCACAUCGAGCUACACCAACGACAACGCUCCUCAAUUCCCCUGCCUCGAAAUCCACAACCUCAACCCAAUCGCCCUCCCUGCAAUCACAACAACACCAUUUCACUCCCUCCUCUCACGUCUCAAAUCCCUCAAACUAACCCUCGAACCUCUCCACUACCUCUCCCUACACAAGGUCAUCACCCCCCAGUCCGCCUCCAUCUCUCUCAACAACUUCGGCCCCUGGCUAUUCAACCACCUAUCCUCCCUCGAAGAACUCUCUUUCAACCCCUCCAACUCCGCUCCUCGCAUGGGUAAUGUUGGUCAAAAUCCCGCAUAUGUCCAGGACAUCGGCCUAGGGAAUGCAACAAUGCCAAGUCUGAAGCGCAUCACCCUAGCGAAUAUCUUUAUCUGCGCGGAACUCACAGCGUUUCUGCAACGGCAUUCAAUCUCGCUGGAAAGGAUCGCGUUGCUUUUCUGUCGCGCUCAUAACCCUGACUCUGACAAUACUUCGGAUCCUGGUUCUGGUGUUGAUAAUGGUGAUGCCAGCGACGACAACAGCAAUACCUGGUCCACCCUCUUCAAGUCCCUGAGCUCAGCAGCCCCAUCAGUUUUGGAAACAUUCACAUUCACCACGUCCCAGGAUGAACUCGUCCUAUGGAGUCCCGACGAUGACUGGGUGGACAGUGACCUCGUCAAGGCAAUGUAUCGCAAGCGGAAAGCGGAGCCCGAUAUGCUGCUUUUCCCAUAUUAUGAGAUAUGGGAUGGCGGAAGGGUGACGAGGGAUAUGGAGGCUAAUAUCAGGAGUUUCCUGGAUGGGGAUGAUUAUAGGGCUUUUUUGGGGCUUACGGGUGUUCUUAAGGGGAAUGGGACUGGGGAGUGGGAUAGGAAGGGGUUUGGGAUGUGGAAGUAUAUUCCUGUUAGUGAAAGAUGA